GUAGGUAGGUAGUACAGUGUUUAGUUCAAUUCAGAUAUUCAGUUUUCUUUCUGUGAUGUUUGUAAAUGACAAAGGUUUAUUUCAAAUUAUCUUUCUAUAAAUUUUUCUAAGGCACAAAUUACAAAACUUAUAAAAUGUGUGACUGUGGACUGUGACAGUUCUCAUAACCAUAACCUAACCUAUAAACUCCUACAAGUUAUUUAUUUUGCAGUCCUUUUUUUUCAUUGUGAUAAACAAACACUGAAUUCACUUUGGAAGUUAACGAAGUUACACAUCUAAAAGAUGCAAGAAGAAACAGAAACAAAUAAACAUCAAGAAAACAGAAGAAUAAAUAAAAAGAUUAAAAUAAACUGGAAAAGAAUCCGCUUGUCAUUGAAAUAUAGGCCAGAUGUACUGAAACUAGUUCUGAAAAUGAAAAAAACUAUUCACAAGAAAAAGAUGUUGAUAUCACAACUUAAGUCUCAACUCAAAUUAUUGAUUAAAUCUCAAGCUGUCCAGAGUGAUUCGACAACACAAACAAACUUAAAUAAUGAAAAUUCAGUUACAAAUGAUGAAGCUAAAUCUGACGAAUCUGUAAAAGUCAGUUCAAUUGUAGAAGAAAACGAGGUAAAGGCAUGGAGUUUAGAAAACAGUGGAGAGAAUGAGAAGAGCAUAGAGGAUCAAGUAAAAGAAGUUGCUCAAAGUGCCCUGCAGCAGACUGGAAUGGUUUAUGUGGAAUCUGCAGGCAUGUACUAUGACUACAAGACUGGCUACUAUUAUAAUUCAGAGCUAGGCCUGUACUACCACACAGACACUAAUUGCUAUUAUUACUAUUCUGAUGAGAAGCAGACCUUUGUCUUCCACUCAUACCCAGACAGAAGUAAGACAGGUACAAGUGCUGCCUUUGAAGCUCAUGAGAGAAGGAAAGCCAGGAAACAGAGGAGAGAAAUGAAGAAAGAAGACAUUGAAAGCCUGACGAAAACUUUAUCUCAGGACAAAGAAGAGGGGCAAGGCAAGCAUAAACGUCGGAAGAUUUCCAAGAAGAAGCAAACUGAAUCUUCUGUCAAAGGCGACAAGGUUGACAAUGAGUUGAAAGAUUUGAAAAAUACUGAUGAAAAAGAGGUGAAAUCUGAAAAUGUUGAUACUAUAUCUCAGAAGGUUAAUAUCUUUAAUGAUGAAACCGGUACUAAGAAAGAAGAUGGGACAUCUAAAGCUGAAAAUGGAGAAUCAAUAAAGAAUUCUAUUAGCAAAGAACAGUUGGAAGAUGGGGAAUGCAGUGACACAGAUAGUGAAGAAGAAGACAACAAUUCUGAGAAAGCCGAAGAAUCGGAUGCCAGCACUGCAACUGCUACUGAUGAUGAAUCUGUGGCAAAGCACCAUCCGCCUUGCAUGCGCGUGAUCGUCCGAGAGACCAGCCUGCCGAAGCUGAAAGUCGGCAGUCUGUUCCUGGUGACCAAAGAUGGCGGCACCGUCGGCAGGGAGGGCGACCACCACACCAUUGUCAUUAGAGAUACUAAUGUUUCUCGGAAUCAUUUAGACAUCAAAUACGAUGCCAAGAGGAAUACUUACGUGGCCACAGACUUGGGCUCCAAGAACGGGACAAUACUCAACGGAACACGCAUGUCAGAGAGCCAAAUCAUCAGCCAGCCUUUAGAUGUAAUGCACGGCAGCACCAUAGAGUUGGGAGAGACCAAGUUGCUGUGCCACAUUCAUCCCGGCAGCGACACCUGCGGCCACUGCGAGCCGGGACUUAUCAUGGAGAGUCACGAGAAAGAAAAAGCCGCCGCGUACACUCGCACCUGUAGUGUACAGAAACAACACCAACUGGAACUGGCGCGACUCAAAAACAAAUACGCGCCAAAACCGCUGCUCGCCAUAGAGGAGACGGAAUACAACGACAGGGCGCAGGUGCGGAGGGAAACUGUGGGCUCGUCGCAUCACUCCGAGAAGACCAUGAGCAGCAAUCUUGAUACGUUUAUACCGGCCGAGAACAAAGGGUUCAAGCUGCUGCAGAAAAUGGGUUGGUCCAAAGGCGAGGGCCUCGGCAAGGACGGACAAGGAGACGUCGAGCCGAUACCACUAGUCAACAACGAGGGUAAAACAGGCCUCGGUGCGCCUACUGCCCCGGCGCCAGCGCCCAAGAAGUACAAUGCCCUGGGCAAAGCGACCAUACACCUCGCCAGCCGGAGCAAACUGCUUAAACCUGCAAAGGCUUUUCAAAAUCAGGAAGAAUCCGAUGAGGAAUAAAUCGGCGAAGCAGUCAACAGCAUGUCAAGUGGACCUUUGCGCUACGAUAAUAGGGACGAGUUUGCAGUGAAUUUGCAUAAGUUGAUGUGAGGUGAUACUGUACAUUGCUUAGAUUUUUAAACAAGCAAUGUACCUCGUCCAAUGGCGUAGUGCCUGCUUAAUGUGAACGGAAAAGUUCGUUCAUAUAGUGUCUUGAUGAAGUUUGCAUGUAAGUGUAAAUACUUUGUAAAUAUAGGUACGUUACGAAAGAUUGUAAAUUAAUUAUUUGAGCGCAUUUUUCAAAAAUGUUGAUAGUCCGAACUUGAUUUGUAAUGAAUAAAAAUAUUAAGUAAAUCAUGAACAACGCAUGUUUGACAAUACUAUAGCUACUCGUAAUUUUAUUUUCCAAAGUAUUCAUGUUACUGAAAAACUGUUACUGAAAAGUAAUUUUAUUGUUGCUAACAUUUUCCACAGUUUUAUUAUUUAUUGUAAUCUUUAACAGAUUAUAUUAUACAAAAAAAUCAUAAAA